GACUGUGCGUUUGGUAGCUUCGUGCUUCUCGUUUUUCCCGUACCGCCACCCGGUCCCGCCCGGCUGCCCGCGCGCACUUCGCAUCCUGCAGACGCCCGAGGUGCUCGGGCUGGGAGACUGAGACCCCGGGAUCCGCAGCAGCGUUCGCAGCGGCACUUGCGGAGAUGGCCGGGAAGAAGGCGCGUAAGAAGGCGCAACCGAGCCCCGCGCGCACUGAGCUGGAAGAGGAGUGUGCUGCUCAGCUCAGGAGACUGGGAGACAAACUGAAUUUCCGGCAGAAACUUCUGAAUCUGAUAACCAAAUUCUUCUGCUCAGGAACCUGACUGCAACAAAAACUUGUGCAUAAGGGGACUCCUUCGAAAGGGAAGUUUCCCACAAUAGGUGCAAGCGGUACAAAUUUCAUAAAUUCGAAGAGAGGUCUCAUUGCAUGUAAUUGAGAGGAGUGAAAAGGAGCAUUCACUUGCUGUGGAUGCCCUUGAGAAGUGAAGAUGGAAUACCUCAGAAGAAUUUCUGGGGGGGGGGGGGUUCAUAUGUCAUUUUUGGGGCUGUGAGAACAUUGUAAAACUACUUUGUUUAUUUGAAAACAACACUUUUUAGUUAGAGAAUUAUUCUGUUAUUUUUGCUGAAGGUCAUUGCCCAGCCUGGUAUAAAAGGAGUUGAAAAUAACAUUAAGGCUGAAAGAAAUAGUUCAGUGUUGGUUUUUUUUUUGUUGUUUGUUUUUUUACUUUUCAGUGCCAACUUCAGAGCACUGUAUACUAUUUAGUUUAUAUAUAUAUUGUCUUGUUAAAAGGACAAAUUUCGUUCUGAGAACACUGAAUGUUAUUGAAUGUUGAUUGCAUAGGUCACUACAUAAUGUAAAAUAAGUUAAUUUGUUCUGAUUCAAAUUGUAUUGAUUCUGUUCAGAUGACUUUCAUUAAAUGUGUUCCGUGGGGUUAAUUGGAAAGUGGAAAACUGGAAGAUUACUUUGAAAAAAUUGGGUUUUAUAGGAGGACUACUUGGUGCCAGUUAAAAGUCCUGCACAUUGAACAUAAAAUGAGAAAAGAGGAUUUGGGAUAACUAGGGAAAAUGAAAAAAAUAGAAUUUGACUUUUCAACUGAUGCAGUUAAAAGGCCAGUACUCAUUCUAAAGAUGUUCCUAAAAACUAAAAUACUAAUCAGUGUGUAUCCUAUGAAAAGCGAUCUUUUAAAAGAAAUAACAUUUUCAUAAUUAGAAUAUACUUUGAUUUAAAAAGGGACAGAUAUUUCUUAUUCACAAUGAAAAUCCCAUAUAGACAUACAUGAAAAUAAUGGCAUGAUUGAAUUUCAGCAGAAGUAACUAUUUUAUCUAUUUAUAAUCAAAAUAUUGUUUCAUUUGAAGAUGUGUGUUACAGUUCCAUUUUUGAGUUUUGAGACAAGGAUUUUAUAACUACUUGAAUUUUUACAGAAAAAAUAAUA